AUGGUCUUCCAAUCAAAUAGAUUUUAUUGUCUCCUGCUUCUCUCCAUUAUCUUCUUUAUAAAUCUCAUCUCUGCAGAAGUUUGGAGUGAGAUUCCAUUGGCUCCGUAUAAUGUGAAAUUAAUGUGUCGGCAAGGUCGUCGUUUCUCGAAAGCAGCUCAAGCGACGAAUCAAUGUCCGACGUCUUCAACUUCUUGUGGAUACUUUGAAUUUUCGAGCGGUGAUCAGAAGAAUGGAAAUCCAACAACAGGAGUUUAUGACUGUGUUGAUGGAGGAAUUCUUUCCGAAGAUUCUGGAGAAGUUCAAGAUUCCGAUGAUUACAUAGGAUUCCCAGGAUUCUCUGAAAUGUGUGGAGCCAUACCGAAAUGCACCACAAUUCCAGUAGAUAAACUCAACCCAUCCUUCAUCAAAUAUGUUGUUCAAGAGUAUGACAUUAAACUAGAACUCCUGGAGAAUACUGAAAUCCGAUUCUGUUGUGCACUUUUCCAUUCAACACUCCAGAGAUUAGUCACUUCCCCAACGUUUUCUCUUCAAGAAAACUCCGCUCCUCCAGUUAGUUGUCAAGGUAAAACUUGUGCUCCUGGAGCUGUUGGAUGCCUUUUACACGCUGUUCAUGAAGAGGAGUAUGAUGAUUAUGAAGAAGAAGACUCGAAAAACCGAUACAAAAGACUUGCAUUAAACGAUUAUAUUGAAGAUGAAGACGAUUAUGUCAACGCUGUCGAGCUUAACUUUGAAGAUACAGAUCUCGAAUUGAUAACCAGAGAACCACCGGUUGAAACCUCGACCAGUACAACUUCGAAACCAACAUUACCUAGUUUGAAAUUGCCAAUGUCAUUGGAAGAUCUCACCACAACAAAACCAAUGACAACUACAACAACAACUACUACUCCGAAACCAAAGACUACAACUCCAUCUGUUUCAUCGAAAAGUAAAACAUGGAACACAAAACAUACGUAUGAUGACGACGGCCAAGAAGUAUUCGAGUUGGAGCCAAAGCAAUCCACGUACUGUGUCUAUCGUCACUUGAAUAAUGAAUUCUAUCGAUACUGCCUCCUCGUUCACCAAUCCCGCGACGGCGAUCGUUGUUAUCAUCAUCAAGGUCACACAAUCUGCUGCUGCUUCGUAGCUCCAGAUAAAGAAACUUGUGAUCCGACAGAAAUGGAUUUGAUUGUUCCACCACCACCAGCAAAUGGAGGAGCCCUCCCUCCACGUGUCAUUGUGACAAUUCCUCCAUUUACCACGACUACAACCACCACCACAACGACGACGACAACAGAAUCACCAUCCACGACGACGACAACUACAACAACUCCAGAACCAACAACGACGACACCGGAACCAUCGAAAUAUCCAUCAUUACCUCCUCAAAUCUAUCGGCCGAGACCAAUUGAUCAGAUGAAAAAGAGGAAACAAACUCCUAAAAAAUGUCGCGUGGCGUACGUUCGUACCAAAUCUGGUUCACGAACCCGUCCAGUUUUGCAUGUUAUGAUGAUUCUCAAAGAUUUGAAUAUCUACGCUGCUCAACGUCUUCUUCUUCUUAUUUUAUUACUAGUUCCCGUUUGGAUAGAUGCUCUCAUUUCAAGGAUUUCCACGGAUUGCGACAUUGAAUUUGCUGAAUCUGCGACAAAACUUGCUUCCGAACACAUAACAGAUCCGGCAAUUGUUCAAUACAUUCAUGCUGUAAUGUCAUCAUGCAACAAAGCUCCAAUCCAAAAAAUGGCUGAAACUUCAGUUUUUCUUCUGGAAAAGGGAACAAUUACUCCGAGAGUAAUGCAUCAAAUUCGAGAAAUUUAUGAUAAAAUUCAGAAGAAAAAAGAAGGAGAAUUGAGCAAGAAAAUGAGUCAACUACCACCAGAAUUGUACAGUACAGCUCAAAAGAUCAAGACGAUUUCUACCUCUGGAGGGUUGAGUGGUAACGAAAGAGUUCAACAAAUCGAAAUGGCUCUGGGAGCUCUUCCUUCUUCAUAUCAAAGACAGAUUCUCGAAAUUCUCCAGGAAUCACCUCCAAAACUUGAUGGAGCAACAUUCGAGCAACCUGAAAAACCAAUUGAUGUGACUUCACUUCCUCCUUCAUUUGCAAUUCCAAAAAACACGGAACUCACGGAAAAUAAACCGAGAUUCAUGAUUCCGGAAAGACAAGAAAGUCAAGAAGAAGAGAGACAUUUCGAGCAGAAAAUCUCUUUUCCAGAAGAUCCAGUGAUGGUUCCACGUGUUAAUAUGCCAUUCCAGCCACAAGAAAAACGGAUUCAAAUUCAUCCCCAGUCGAUCAGUGGAAAUCAACAAAAUAUGCUCUUCCCGGAUCUUCCGCCAACUAGACCUAUUGAACCCACAAUCAGAAACCAAGCAGCUGGUCUCAGAAGUCUUCUAGAGAAUCCAAACUUCGAUAGUAUCAUAAGUUCCAUUGUUCAGAAAGGAGCAAAGAUUGCAGAAGGUCCAUUGCCCCGUACAGUUGGAGCAGUGGAUCACACGAAAACAGGUCAAAAUGAACUUGGAAUUCUGAAUCCUGCAAUGUGGUCAGACGCUGCAAAAUUUCUUUCGAGAAGCACUAAUUAUUUGCCGACUGCUUUAUCAAAGUUCAUUGAGAACGGAUCACAGAAUCUUCCACAAGUUCUGAUUCCAAGUGGAAAUCAGAUAAGACAAUCUCCUACAAUCAAAAACUAUCAGAACUUCCUUCCAUCUCGUCGCCAAAAUGAUGGAGCUCUUGAUAAAUAUGACACUCAUAUCGACCGUUUCGCAACCAAUGGUCCAACCAAUCCAAUAAAUAUUCAAGGAGAUUUAUCAAGUCUUCGAUUGCCUCCAGUUAGUACUACAAAUACUGGAAAUACUGCUAUCCAACCAGCUAAAGUUGACUCUAUUGUUGGCGCAAUGCCAACAAUGCCACCAUCUGCUGGUUAUGGAACUUAUGCUCCAGCUCCAUCUGCUAUUAUUCCGAAAGUUGUCGAACGAAUCCUCUCUCCUGAAGAGAUAACUGGAUCUUAUCGACAGCAACAAAUUCGUCCAAUUUACAACGAAAGGCUGUAUAAUGGACAACUUCGAAACGUGAAAAUCGAUCUAGUCAAUGAACAAAGAUUGUGA